GGACGAUGAUAAUCUGACGUUACUCAAAUGUUUUCAUACGUCAGCCACCACUCUGGAACAAAAGUAUCCCACUAUCCGCAGAAGUGAUGUGAUUAUUUUGGUUUCGCGUGCCUAUAUUUUUAUCGACCACGUUUAAUGUCAUUUGAGUGCCUUUUAUUUUAUUAGCGUUUGACAGUGCUUAAAACCCAUACAGAUCUGCUAUCCACGGGGAUUUGCUCAGUUUGUUGUUGAUUUUUUCUUGUUCUGCCUAUUCGAGUGGUAGAAUUCACACAUACAAGUAGUGUGCUUUGUUUACAUCCGCGGGCAUUUGUUUUUGUUGAGUCAUGUUGCAGUGGACAUAAAGUAGCAUGGUUGAAUAACCAAAACAUCCAUCUUGUUGUGGAAUUGUGGGUAUAUUUAUACAUUCAAGUGAAAUAUCAAAGUGAUUCCAAUUUAUUUCGAGGACUCCAUACAGUAUUGUAAUCAAACACGGAAAUGAGUGAUUUUGGUAAGGAUUUUUUCCUAGAUCCAGGAAUUGUUAUCAAGCAAGAACCAAUCAUCAUUGAUGGUACCAUGAACAUGUCGGCAAGUGUUCCUAUUCCAUCAAGGAGAGAUGGAAGUGAAUACAGGGACUUUGGGAUAGAGCUAGAAAAUUCACAGUCUCCUCUCUAUGUGGAUACAGGAAUACAAAUGCAGCAGAUUGACACCUAUGAUUCAACCAAUUGUUGGAGUGGCCUGAAUCGCCUAAUCAACACUGAUGAAAUGCUGAAAUCAGAGGCCUUCAUUCAUAUGGAUGAAGAUGACAUUUUCCAAGUUGACAAGGCUGACCUCAUUCAAGGCCCUACUCUGGCCGAAUUGAACGCCAAUGAUGAGAAUUUUCUUGAUUUGAGUUUUGACGAUCUACUUCUUCCUGAAGAACAAACUUAUAUCACUCUCGAGCAGAAGAUGUCUUCAAUGCCGGCUCAUGCAAACACUCAUCAUCUGAACAACAACUCCCUGUCUGGCUUGCAGCAGACUAUGUUGUACCAGAAAGAUUUGGAACUUCCUUCUAGCGUCCCGAACAGUGCUCUUGACUACUACAAGCUUAAGAGCCUCGCACCAGCGUUUUCUCCCGAAAGUCAACACAGCUCAAGCUCUUCUAUAGUUCAGUCGGCGUCCUCCCCGCUGAGUGCGUCCGGUGCGCCCCCUAAGCACAGCACGCUGCACGAACUGCUCGUCAAGAGGGAGCCAUACCACUCGCCCGAUCGGACGCUGCUUGGUCAGUCUUUCCCCGAGAGAAAUGCUGUGCAGGCGCAUCAUUUGGGCAAGAUCAUGCGCAGUCAGCAGUCCAGGCUUUCUUCUUCGGCGCCAAGCAACACCCACCUUGGUCUCGAACAAAUAUGGCAAAGGCGAGAGCCCAGGAAGCAUUUGCUGUCUACCAGCUCUCUGGCAGAAGCUGGAUCUACGUCUUCACUUUCUACAGGAGGCUUGCUCAGCCCUGAUCCGCCAGACUUUUCUCAUGACGAAGAUAGUGAUAUUGACAGUGUUAAUGAAGAGGACCUUACUUCAGACAAUGAUUCCGAUUACGACGAAAACGAUAAGCAAGGCAAGCAAUCGUCGAGUAAGAAAGAACGAUACUUUUGGCAGUACAACGUGCAGGCCAAAGGACCGAAAGGACAACGUUUAGUAAUGAAGACCAAGCUAGAAGAUCCACAUAGGCUCAACCAAGUUACUGAUCCUGUUUUCAGCACUGAAUGUUCUGUGAGGGGAAUCAAACACAGUGGUAAAGCAAGAAAAGGUGACGGAAAUGAUUUGACACCGAACGCUCGAAAGCUGCAAAGUAUCGGCAAAGAACUGGACAAACUGAGCAGGAUAAUUAACGAUAUGACACCAGUGAGCGAACUGCCAUUUAACGUUAGACCGACAUCUCGCAAAGAAAAGAACAAACUCGCUUCCAGAGCUUGUCGGUUGAAGAAAAAGGCGCAGCAUGAGGCGAAUAAAAUCAAACUCAGCGGCUUGGAGAAUGAACACAAGCGUCUUCUCAAUGGUAUUAUGCAGAUAAAACAAUUGCUUGUGAUGAAACUGAGCGAACAGUCUAGUGAGACGCAGGAGGAGCUCUCUAUGAAUAUUGAAAAAAUCUUGAAGCACAGCACCAGAGUGAAGAUAGCUGGUAAUUCAACAGAUUACGUCAAUAAAGUGCUGGAGAAAGUUAGGAAUGGAAUGAGUAGUGCUGCCGCCACAAUCCCGGACGAAUCGUAGGUUUUUGUUCACGUUUUGGGAACCAGAAUCUCAAAAUGCAUUUUAUUUCAGACCGUUUAAAUUUUUUACUCACACGCAUCGUCUUCUAUAGUAUUGUUAAUAGCUGUUUAUUAUGUAGUAACGGUGGUGAAUAUUUAUUUGACAUUUCCUACUUGUAAUUUUAGUCUGGGAAAUCUCAUGUCAUUUUUGAAAAGGAUUUUACCAAGGAACUCAUUUGUAUUUCGUUUCGCCAUUAUCGAGAUUAAAUUGAUAUUUUCGCAUUUAAACAGUUUAUUUGCAGAAAUUUCCUUCUUGGUUUCCAGAUUGUUGGUAUUAUUUAAUGGAGAUAUUAUAACUGAAUUUUGACUUUUGAAAUUAACAAUAAUAAUAGACGUCCUUAUUUAUCCACAAUUACGUAGCCAAAUGUCAGACUUACAUGGCUAAGUUUAGCAUGCUGCUACUCUUACACUUAACCAUAUAGUCGCUAGCAGAUGUUCAAAAGUAUACACUAUCCACAAACAGAUUUGGUUCAUUCAAAAAAAGAAAAAAGCAUACUUUCCAAACCCAAGUACACCAAAAAUUAUUACCUUGAAUUAAAUACGGAAUAAAAAAGAAAUGAACGAUUACGUAAAUUAUAUGUUUGGAGGGUUGAGUAAUAUUGUUUUAACUUUUUGUUGAAAGACAGUUAAUGAAAAUUCUUUAUAUACUUUAGGAAGGUCAUUAUAAAUAAUAGCAACGUCCAAAAAGUGUGGACGUAUGCUGGGGUAUUCUAAUAUUAUUUUCUCUGAGAGUUCUAUUCAUUAUUAAAUGAAAUGUUUUCCCUCAAGUAAGAUGGUUUAGACGUGAGUAGCAAUUUGUGAACAAAAACUGAAUAGUGGUACUUGACUAUGUCAUUAAUUUUUAACCAGUUUAGAACGGGAUAUUUUGCUGAUACAUGAUCAAAUUUACGUAAGCCAAAGAUGAAACGUAUACAAUUGUUUUGAAUAACUUGAAUAACGUUUUUAGUGAAAUUGUCUAAACAAGAAUUUUUGCCAUCAUCUUAUGAUUCACCAUGAUAAUUAUGACAUCUGAUUCUAACUAAUUAUCACGUCAAAAUUAUGACUCUAAGGCGAUAUCAAAAUUUAUUUCAAGUGUAGAAACUCAGAAUCAAGCGCCUGGAUUAAAGUUUUGCUUUUUAAAAAUGACGUGUUAUCUCCCGGAUUAUAUGCCUGUAUAUACCAGACAGCUCUUUGCCAUAUAUAUUUUUUAUCAAGCUUGCAAACGAGGGUUAGGUCUAAGAGACUAGGGGCUGUGAUGAGAUUACGUUUAAGUUUGUUAUAAACCUGAUUUUUAUGUUUUCGUAUAAUAUGAAGAGAAGUCCUCUCUUUAGUUUUUAUCUGUGUGUUCACGAAUCCUAGUUUUAAUUCUUUUACAUCUGUACUGUUAUUUGUUGUUUUUAAUACCGCUUCAUCCUUAGAAUCCGCAUACACUUUAAUUCUUGGUGAAUUCAGAAUUCGAAAUAUAUAUUUAGCUGUAACGUAUAUGCUUCUCUCCUCAUCUCUCUUACACACAUUAAACACGGGCCUAUCAUGUAUGUCCGUAGCUGGUAAGGCACUGAGUUACGUUUUCUCGCAUUCCGAAUUGAACAAGAAUUUGCGUGUGUUCAGCUCUUAUUGUAACUUGGCUUGAUUAUGGUCCAGCGAGUUUUUUAGUCAGCAUUUUUUUGCAACGGUGGUUUUUUCAAUAUUUUAUGGAUCACAUUUUAGGUUUUAGUCGUGUUUUAUAGAGAGUAACAGUUUUUUAAUGCAUAUAAAGUUCAUUAUCUGGAGUUCGGAAUCUGUGGUGUUGUACGUUUCGAAUUUGGAUAAUUAGGGUUAGAGCAGCUGCGAAGAUGAAUGUAAUUCAAAAAAUGAUGAGGGAUGUAAAACAUAGUUGUUGUCACGAGGUAUUAUAUAUCAGCAUAUUGCACAAAAACUAGUGAUUACUUUUCUCGCAUUUUUUAUGCACUAAGCUUAUCCUUUAGUUGGUUUAAAGCAAAUAAAUUUGCAAGAAAAGUACGUAUUAAAUAUUAAAACUAUUUUUUGAUUAGUGCUAUUCAGUGUCGAAAAUGAUAUGAUGAAAUAGGAAUCGUCGGUGAUUAUAGUUACGUAAGCAUAGCAAUCUAAAAGGUAAAAAUUGAAAAUUUUCACACAUAUUUUUGCAAUAAACAUAUUUUUUUAGAAGAAAAAGCGUUGAGCUUGAUUUUCUUUCUGAGAACUGUGAUGUAAUUUGGAGUAUUCCACAAGAUAUUCUCUAUAUUUUUUUAACAGAUGUGAAUAUUUUUCAAUACAUGUUACAAAUAUUUUUGGUAUAAUUAUGGUUUUGUGUCGUAGCCCUAUGCUGUUCAUUUGAUCUUUUGGAUUAUGUAGGUUUAGGAUUGUUUAUCCAUUACUCAUCUUGAGUCUAAAUGCAUACAAAAUUUCACGAAUAAAGGACCUAGUUUCGCUGGAGGGAGAUUUUAAAGUGGUAUAAUAAUGUGUCUUAAGACAAGAGAAUGGGUUGAGCCAGGAAAAAAACGUUUCGCGUCUAUUUUUUAUCAGUGAAAACUAGGCAUAAAAAUGAUUUUUUAUUUUUUCAUAUAGACAUUUUAUUGCUAAGGAAAUUCUAAAAAGUCCUGAAUGAACAAAAAUUUUAAAGUAAAUGUUGAAAUAAUUUUGCUCCAUUUUGAUGAAACUACAGUGCCUUGUUAUAGAAUAUGCACUUUCUGAGAACUGUUAGAUGCGAAGAACAUGGUAUUUAAGAAAUAAUAUUUUUUCAAAAAAAUCACCGUGUCACAAAAUUGCUUCACUUGGCCAGUCUUUUGGCAAACAAUUUUUUAGCUAGAUUCAAGUGUCUCAAAAUUUGUUUCCUACGUAUUGUAUACAAAGCGUACUAUAAAAGUUUCGCAAUACAGCUUUAUUCAUUGACAUCGUUCAAAGUGAUUUCCACCACAUUGAAUACACUUCUCCAUCCGCCAAAACCCGUCUGCCAAGUUUCACCCGGGAAUGUGCCCCAAGCCCUAAGGUCCUUAGAAAACCGUUUUUCUUUUAGCUUCAUUUCCAUAUGCGGAAACAGUGCAAGGUCGCAGGGAGCAAGAUCUGGACUGUAAGGAGGGUGUUCAAUAAGUUUCAGUCCAAUAGAGGUCAAAUGGCUCACUUUAUUGAAAGUAAAACAUUUUUGAAACAAUCCGGUGUAGUGCAAAGGCAUUAUAAGGUUUAUUAUUUUGCCUCAGAACUCUAAGAAUAAUGAUUUCUCUAGCUAUAAAUUUACUGAGGAGAUAGAUAGACUUUAUUACCUUAUGUACAAAUACCUUAAGAAUACAUUAAAAUUGUUAAUCCAUUUUCAGUCAUUUCGACUCCUUGAUCUUAGAGAAGAAAUGACUAUUUUUGAAGACCAUACACAAACCUACAGCAGUUGUUUUGCAUUUUUUUGAUCUACACAGACUCAUCGAGUCAAGACCAGGAUAAUAUAAAAUUAAAGUAUAGUUAGGGCUGGACGUUAUCAAUUCAUUAUCAUUAUUGAUGAAAAGUAGAUGACGGACUUUUUCCCCGGCACGACUUAAGUUCCUUCGGGAUAUAUCCAGGUGGAAAUCUUUACGAUUUUGGCUUGUGUAUCCCUCCAAAUUUCCCGGAUUAUAUGAGGGACAGCAUCCUGAAACUGUCAAAGUUAUCUUGUUAUAGGUAUUUUUUAUAACAAGGAAUUCUCACAAAUAAAUAUAUAUCUUUCAAAAUGGGACAUAAUCUGAGCAAAAUCAAUGUUUUUUUUUGUCUUGUUGCCCUCCAAAGAGGCAUUCAACGUUUUGUGAAAGUGUACUUUGUUUUACGCUUACAAUUACGAGUUGAUGACACUAAACAUUUUGUUAAAUAUAGUGGAACGCACGUCAACCUUUUCUUUAUUUCGUGAUAUCUUGUAUGCACUUUACAGUAUACUUAAAUUUUAGAUUUUUACGGCUGUUUUUCCAAUUGCUCAUUGUGGUUCGCAACCACAAAACACAUUUGUGAACUGUAAGCUUGCACUGCAUGUUUGCCAAUUAUAGAUUUUAGUGUGAAGUAGGUCUCGUAUUAUAAGUCUCGGUGUUUGAAGUAUUCGCGGUAAUGUUAGGUGAUUUUAAAAUUCGUAAAACGAAAGGUCAGCUGAAGUUGGCAGAAUUUCUGAGUGUCUUACACAUAGAUGAACAUUUGACAUCAUUUGUGAAAAUUAAAAUGUUUUUUGUAUGAACAUUUUUACUUUGAUGCCUUGUUUGGUGUAGAGCUCGGUCGGUUCUGAGAGUCGUUCCAUAUGAACGAUACCGCAGAAGAAACUGAAGGAAUCGGUUUCGGUGGAUUCGAUUCCGAUUCGAGUGAUUUCGUUUUCAAAAUCGGGUUCGACCUUUGCAUUACCAGUGCUUAAAGCCGGGUUGUACGAGUUGAGCGAACUGUUUGAAAAAAACGUCGAUAUAUAUAUAUAUAUAUAUGGCGAGUUUCUGCAACCUAAGGUCGCUUCUCGCAACCCAUACGCCAUCGUAUCCUAUCGUUCCAGUCUCCUUCAUGUAGUCCUCUACUUUCCAUUGCGGUAUGGAUGUUUGAAAUCCAUUUCCUUCGUGGUCUUCCUCGUUUAUUUCUUUGUGCUGGUGUCCAUUUCCAAACCCUUAAUGGUAUCCUUUCUUCGUUCAUUCGUUGCAGGUGUCCAUACCAUUUUAACUGCCUCUCUGUUAUAUCGUCCAUUAUUGUAUUUUCGACUUCCAUUCUUUCUCUGAUGGUCUCAUUUCUAACCUGGUCAAGUAAAGUUAAACCGGAACAUCUUCUCCAGUACAUCAUUUCGGUUGAGAGAAGCUUUUGUGACAUAUUUUUAUCUACAACCCACGCUUCUGACCCAUACGACAGUACUGGCUGAAUCAUAGCCUGAUAUAUAAUUUUUUUUGUUUUCUUUGUUAGGUUCUUACUCCACAAGAUCGGAUGUAGUGCUUUAAUCAUAUUUUUUCCUUUUCCUAUUUUCCUUAGUAUGUCUUUAUUAUCCUUUCCGCUUUCAUCUAUUGAAACUCCUAGGUACUGGUACUGUCCGACGUUUUCUAUUUUUCCGCUUUUUGUUUCGAUGUCUUGUCCUGUGCCUCCUAUAGUCAUGGAUUGUGUCUUUUGUAUAUUUAUCUCCAAACCCCAUUUAGUGAAUUCUUCUAUAAGUUUGUUUAUCAUGUAAGUCAUGUCUUGCUGGUCUUCUGCAAAGACUACCUGAUCAUCUGCAAAGAGGAUUGUAUACAAGUGAAAGUCCUCUAACCAUAUCCCCAUGGGGCUGCACUUUCUUAUCCACUGUUUUAAAGCGCUGCAGAGAUAAAUUUUAAACAGGGUUGGAGAGAGGCAGGAGCCCUGCUUAACACCUUUUGUUUGUGGGAAAGCCUCAGAAACUUGAUUUCCGACUUUAACGACCACUUGAUUUUCUCUAUACAUUGCUUUUACGGCGUUUAUGUAUUUGCUAUUUAUGCCUGCUUCUUUCAUUGCGAUCCAUAAUUUCUGCAAAGGGACGGAGUCGAAUGCCUUGCGGAGAUCUAUAAAAGUAGCGUGUAGCUCCAUUCCUCUUGCUAAUCUCUUUUCUGUCAGUUGUUUUAUUGUAAAUAUGUUGUCCACACAGGAUCGCCCAGGUCGAAACCCACUUUGUUCUUCAAUUUCCGUGGCUUCGUCUUCUAUUCGGGCUGUUAGGACUCUUUCGUACAGCUUUCCGAUGGACGAUGUAAUACUAAUACCCCGAUAAUUACUACAGUCACUCCUGUUUCCCUUUUUAUAAAUGGAAUUUAUGUAAGAGCUCCUCCAAUCUCUGGGAAUCGUUUCCCCUUCCAGGCACUUGUUAAAAAUUACACAAAGUAGCUCGUGCGUUCUUGUGGUGGCGUGUUUAAUUAACUCGAUAGGCAAAUCCCCCGGUCCCGGAGCUUUAUUAUUUUUCAUUUUUUGUAAUGCUGUUUUUAUUUCUUCUAAUUGAAUGGUAUCUACUCUGUUAACUCCCGUUUGAUCUAUAUCUAGUUGCGUGUCUAAAUACUCUCCACGUUGUUCUGCCAGUAGAUUAUUGUAGUAGUCUUUCCACUGUUCUAUUUUUAUGGGAUUUAUUUUUCUUCUUUCAUUCGUGUUUUAAGACCAUUUAUAGUUCGCCAAGCUUCUCUAGACCUAGAUCCUCCUACCAUUGAGCUAAUUUCAGCACAUUUGGUUUCCCAUGUUUUGUUUUUUAUUUUUUUAAUUUCUUUUUUUACUAUAUAUUUAAAACGAUUAUAGCUUUUUCGAUCUUCAUCGUCUUUUGUAGUUAACCAUUUAAGAUAUAAGUUUUUCUUUUCUUC